GCUGUACCUCCUGCCAGUCAAACUGCCAUAGCGUCGUCAAAUCUUCAUGGAAUUUCAUGAUUCAACUUGCUGCUGAUAGACGACAGCAUUGCGCUCCAGAUCCAAUUUACAGAUCACCAUUAAAGUCAGCGAGCAGAUCGUUAUCAAUAUUUGAAGCCGUCUGACGGAAAUCCGACUGUGCUCUCUAUCUCUCAUUAUUGGCACAUCUGAGCCUAUUGUGACUAUAACAAGUGGUAUCAGAGCCCCUUGGAGCUGUCUCGACCAUGCCUAGGCCUGAGGAAGGGGGUGGCAGAGGUGCUGGAGGCAGAGAAGCUGCCCAAGCACAAGGCCAACACCAAGAUCCACCCGUUGCUCCGGUGCAACCUAGACUUGGACCCUCUAGGGAUGAGCCUAGAGUGUUUGGCCUUGACAAGUUCAACGGUGACAACUUUGCUGAGUGGUCCUUCAAGAUGGAGAACAUCUUUGACCACUAUGAUCUGCUGGAGGUGAUGGAAGGAACGGAGAAGCGCCCCGAGAACGACCCGGAGAAGAGCCCCGGCGGUGGCUGUGGUUUUGGAGCGGCAAAUGGCGGCACUUUGAAUUGACGAAGGUGAAUCGGUGGAGGAAGGAGUGCAGAAAUUCUUCGACUUGUUGACAUGCCUCGAAGGAGCUGAUCAGAACUACAGUGACCUUCAAAAGAAGACCAAGCUGCUGGCCUUACUUCCAGACUCAUGGUCCUCGCUCAUCAUCAACCUAAAUCGAGAUCUGCCCCGUCCCUCACUCGAAGAUGUGAAGCGGGAAAUCUUACAAGAAGAUUUCCGCCGACGCGAAUUGGCGGGUCCCGAUGGUGCCGGAGUUGCAAGCAUGGGCUGUGGGCACGGCCGUGGAAGGGGCAGAGGGCGAGGAGGCAGAUUUGGCAGCAGUAACUUCAGUGGAGGCCGUGGUAAUGGAGGAUAUGGCACAGCAACAACAACAACAAUGGCUACGGGCGUGGGCGCGGUCGAUUUGAUGGCGAAUGCCACUUUUGCCACAAGACCGGCCACAUGUGAAGCGGCAAGCAUGAAAGGUGGAGACUACGACAAGGACUCGAGUGAAGAUCGAUACCCGGGCCAAUUCUUCUUUGUCUCCACGCAAGCGGCAGCUGGUGCAACCCUAUGGCUUGCACUCGGCUUGUCGUCCUUGUUUGUGUGUGUGCAUGCAUGGCAUGGAAUGAAUUGUGAGUCUAUGUCAUUGCUAUCCAGUGCUUGUGUGUGUGUUUGAAUGGUGUAUCACAAUGUGGUUUGUGUCGGUCAAGACAUUAGCGACUUUUUACAACUCGCAUGUCAAGUCGUCGUUUGUGUGUCGCAUGUAUUUUUUCUAUUUUGUCGAGUGUGAAGUGUCCAUCGCGUCGCAGGUGUGUGCAGAAAGCCCCCAUCAACUCAUGAAGAAUUUAUCUUGCAGAUCCAAGACCAAGAGCUCAAGAUUUCAAGCCCCAGGGACGCGGAUAGAUAGUAAAUAGUGAAAAUAGUAGCGCUACUUCGUGUAGUGCUACAUUUCACUUGGUGUAGCCCCUUGGAGGGUUGGUUUCGAGACUCUUCGUGGUUGGGGACUCUGUGGUGGUGUACCACCAACCUGGACCUCGGCUCUUGGGGUAUGUAGAGGCUGGGAACCAUCUCCAUCUCGAAUUCUUCUUGCUAUGUUUGUACUUC